UGAUUUGGAGGACGAUGUAAAGAGACGACGUACUGUAGAGUAGGUAGCCUUGGCUCACGGCCCUCCACGCCAUAUACCCUUCGGGAGGUCUGCGGUAAGGGCUCUAGCCCGGCCGCCACGGCGUUAAAUACAACAACAACAACAACAAUAUGACCACGCUAUACGAGGCGAUGCAAACGAGUUUGUGGAAAAAGGAUAUUUGGCGGCUUGAAAAAAAGCAUGAGGGGGAAAGAAUUGAAACUGACGACUUAAAGAAUGCUGGUCAACUGAGUGUCGAAAGACAUGUCAAGGCCGAGGCUAGUUUUCUCGAGCAUCUCGCUUUCGCUGGGUUAGUUGCCGACAAAUUGGAAUUCGAGUCGGAGUACCGAGACAUGAUCAACGAAUAUGCGACCAGUAGCAGCUCAGAUCUUAUGCUGGAUAAAACGCUGCCUUGCCUCUCAUUUCUACGAAGCUCAGACCCAUCGGUCGAGCCUAUUCACCAGAGCUAUCAUUUUAUCCACUUGACAUUUCAGGAAUAUUUUGCCGCACGCCACUUCGUGCAACACUGGAAUCACCACCAACCUUUCAAGCAGCACCUACCUGGUCAACGGAGUGGUGGGGAUAUAACUCCUGUCGAGUUUUUCAAGAGACAUAAAUACGAUACACAGUACGACGUUAUGUGGCGUUUUGUGGCUGGGCUGCUGGACAAAGAGAAGAACGCGAGUAAUUUCUUUGAAGAAAUUGAGAAAGAGCCGAUCGACCUCCUGGGACCUACCCACCAACGGUUAGUCAUGCACUGCUUAAACGAAGCAUUUGAAUUACCAACUGGGCUUCGGGAUCAGAGGGAGGGAAGACUGCUACAAUGGGUAUUAUUUGAGAGGGACUUUGCAGGAUCAUCAACAUUCAUAAGAGAACCAGAGAUUCCAGAACCAGUAUUGAAUAGCGCCUUGAAUGCUUCUGGAGGCAAAACCAGCUUCCUGGACGCUUUGAACUAUUCUCAGAGGCACCUAUCAGACACAUCUAUGGCCGCCCUCGUCAGACUCCUCAAGGACGAGGACGGCGAUGUACGGAAAUCCGCCGCUAAAGCCCUAGGUAACCAGUGGACGUCAUCAGACACAAUCACGGCCGCCCUUGUCGGACUCCUCAAGGACGAGGACAAAUACGUACGAUCUUCUGCCGCUGAAGCCCUAGGCAACCAGUCGACGUUAUCAGACACAACCACGGCCGCCCUUAUAGAACUUCUCAAGGACGAGGACUGGAGAGUACAAUCUUCCACCGCGGAUGCCCUAGUCAACCAGUCGACGUUAUCGGAUAACACCAUAGUCGCUAUUGUGGGACUCCUCGAGGACGAGGACAAAUACGUACGAUAUUUCGCCGCUAAAGCCCUAGGGAACCAGUCGACGUUAUCAGAAACAACCAUGGCCGCCCUUGUCAGACUCCUCAAGGAAGAGGACAGCAACGUACGAUACUACGCCGCUAAAGUCCUAGGCAACCAGUCGACGUUAUCAGACACAACCAUGGUCGCCUUUAUCGGACUCCUCGAGGACGAGGACAAAUACGUACGAUCUUCCGCCGCUAGAGCUCUAGGCAACCAGUCGACGUUAUCAGACACAACCACGGCUGCCCUUGUCGAACUCCUCAAGGACGAGGACAGCAACGUACGAUACUACGCCGCUAUCACCCUAGGCAACCAGUCGACGUUAUCAGACACAACCAUGGUCGCCUUUAUCGGACUCCUCAAGGACGAGGACGGCGAUAUACGAUCUUCUGCCGCUUAUGUCCUAGGCAUCCAGUCAACGUUAUCAGACACAACCAUGGUCGCCCUCGUCGGACUCCUCAAGGACGAGGGUAGCAAUGUACGAGAAUCCGCCGCUAAAACCCUGGGCAACCAGUCGACGUUAUCAUACACAACCAUGGCCGCCCUUGUCGGACUCCUCAAGGACGAGGACAGCAACGUACGAUCUUCUGCCGCUUAUGUCCUAGGCAUCCAGUCAACGUUAUCAGACACAACCAUGGUCGCCCUUGUCGGACUCCUCAAGGACGAGGGUAGCAAUGUACGAGAAUCCGCCGCUAAAACCCUGGGCAACCAGUCGACGUUAUCAGACAAGAUAUUAGAUACGUUAGGAAUGUAUGUUCAGCCGGAGGAACAAACACUCGACUACUCUCAUGAUUUAGAGUCUUUCUAUGAAAGCUUUCUACAGCGCAGCUUCCAAGAGCAUUUUUGUCUUUCUGUUGAUAGAGAUGUUUACGUCAUCAACCAAGCGUCUGGACUCAGAAAAGCGAAAUUGAAAGAUGAGAGUCGAUUUCAAGUCGAAAUCAGGACGGCGCAAUGUCAGUUAGAGAAGACCUAUAGCUUAGGUCUGUGGUCUGCUCUUGGCAGGCAGAAUGAAGACACGAUCCACCAUGGAUGAUCUCCUAACCAGAUAACUAACCAUACGACCGGCCAUCGCCUCGUAUGCAUCAAAGUAUGGAGUGAAGAUAUUGGAGGCAACUGAAAAAGGCGUUCACUAAUUUCUCGACCUAAAGAGCAGGAAAAGAUCUAUGUUAUCUAUAUCUUAGCCUAGAUACAUAGAAUGGCUUUACUAUUUACGUUAUGGCAGGGGCGUUCAUAGAUCACUUAUCUUAAUAGUCUCCAGUAUUAAGCUUUAUGAAUUCUAACAACGAACGAAACGUACUCCAUA